AUGAAAAAUUUGACUGGAAGUGAAAACCCGCAAACAUUUGCAGAACUUGACUGCUCUGAGGAAUUUACUGGAGAGGUACAUGGCGAGCUCGUUUUUCUCUCUGUCAUUAACACUUUUUUGUCAAUUACAGCAUUUUUGGGGAAUACUCUGAUCCUUGUUGCCCUUCGCAAGGACACAUCAAUUCAUCCGUCAUCCAAACUCCUGUAUCGUAACCUAGCGAUAACUGAUCUUUGUGUUGGUAUCAUUGCGGAGCCUCUAAACGUUGCAUAUUGGAUAUCUGUGGUGAAGAAAAGAUGGGAUAUUUGCCAUUACGCAUAUUUGACAGUAUAUUUCGCAAGUGUUACUUUGUGUGGAGUGUCGUUGAUAACACUGACUGCAAUAAGCGUGGACAGACUUCUCGCUUUGCUACUGGGUCUCAAAUACAGACAAGUUGUAACUUUGAAAAGAACACGUUUUAUUGCUAUUGGUGGUUGGAUUGUGUCCGUUGUCAGUGCAUCUACACUCUUUCUGAAUCUUCUUAUUUUUUCAUUGUGCCAAUAUAUUGUUAUAGCUUUUUGUUCAGUCACUACAAUCUGUGCCUACACAAAACUUUUCAUGUCUCUGCGUCAUAACCAAAUUCAUGGUCGGAACGAUGUUUUUCAAGGGCAGUCGAGCCAAGCAAAUACACUGAAUAAAGCUCGAUACAGAAAGGCAGUGUACAGUGCACUGUGGGUACAGGUAACAUUGGUUAUUUGUUAUCUGCCUUACGUUAUAGCUGCAGCUUUAACACCUCAAAGGGGGAUGCCUUUAUCUACUUACCUUGCUUUGCAAUGUACAGCUACUUUAGUGUAUUUAAACUCGUCGUUAAAUCCGUUUGUGUACUGCUGGAAGAUCAAAGAAGUGAGACAAGCUGUAAAAGAAACAUUACAACAACUACACCUCUGUAACUGAACUAAGACUUAGAGUAAGAACAUUUACUAACGAACUUGAUGAGAAAAUAUAUAUAAGAAAACCAGACAAAUGUCUUAGUCUGAAUUGCACACUUAGGGUUGUUUUCUGUUUCAUUGCAGAUUGUAAAGACACAAACAAAAUCAUUUGUUUAUGUUAAAAAGUUUAAUAAUCAUAAAACAAAAUGAAAAUAUCACUAAAACUAGUCAGUUAGCUAAUUAGUUCUCUGGCAAUGAAGACUACGAAGCAGGGACAUAUUCUUAAAGAGAACAGCUCACUUGCUCGCAACAUCACACCAACAGUGACUAAUGUUUUUUAAAGCCAGAAGACAAUCAGAGAGUUUUACUGUUCUGCCGAAUUUACUGGAGAGGUACAUGGCGAACUUAUCUUGAAAAUACACUGCAUAAAUGACAGCUGUUGAUAGCCAUAAAAGCCGCACUAUAUUCAUAGUAUAAUUAAGUUUAACAAACGUCAUAAGUUCAGUCAAGGCGCAAAAAUAAAAAAAAUUCCGCCGGAAUGCUUUUUCAAAAUCGAACAAUGUUUAUUGUGGGAUAAUGAGGGCCAGUACAUGAUGUAGGUUAAAUUUGAUGGUCAAUAAAUACACAUUAACAGUGUUCUGUUGCCUAACACAGGUCAUUUUAAUAAAAGCUUGCGAUCACACGAAGGCUUUGUUUUUAGAUAUAAUGAAAAGUGAACCCUUAUACUUCUGGUUUGCGGGUGACGUCACAGCGGCCAUCUUGGUCGUCAAGAACAAAAAGCAUUUCUCUUCUCUGGAAAGUAACCUCUAUUUUCAUGUAAAUUAUUGGAGAAAACAUUUCUAUUGUACUGCCCCCAACAUGGCCGCCUUGCCACGUGGUUGCAAACUAAGAAUACCCACAUGGUAACGUGAUAUCAAUGGAGGAGAAGGGGCUGUCAUCAGUCCUCCUCGGGGGAUUGCUCAGAUGACUAACUGUUACCUACUGUUGUUAUUUGCCAUCGUAUGAAUUAUUUUAUUCAAAAUAAAGUCUGUUGCGAGGUCGAAUUAUUGCAGGAAUUAGUAGCAAAAGCGAAAUACUUUCUCAGCUAAGAGUUAAAGAAGACGUAUAUACAAUGCUUAAAGGAUGGAACAUCACCAUGGCCCUUCGAACCCCCUCUUUUACAACAAUAGGCCUUGGGUUCAUAUAACAGUUGAGUACGCCACCAGCACUGCUAACUUUUGUCCCCUCUCACUUUCAAAUUCGUUCCUUACGGGCCUGCAUGACAAGACAGCAUGUCUCGCGGAAAAAAGCGGCGAGAAAACUGCUUCGAUUUGAAAAUUUGCCUGUUGCUUGGUAAUUUGCAGCUAUUUGCGUUGCGCGUCACACACGUUGAUAAUUGACCAAUUAAUUGUUUGGUAAAUCAAAAUAAUAAUUUACCUUCAAGAGGGCAUUCCGGUUUCUUGAGGGUAAAUGCCUGCGACAAAUGUGACCGCAGCGGGGGGAAUUGUAGUCACUUUCUAUUUAUGUAUCUACCCCUCUCUUGAUCUACCUUAUAACACCUUUAAAAUGAAUUGACCCAUUUUUUUGAAAUUGAAUAAAGAACACUUUACUUUUCACCUACGGUGCAAACAUUCUGGUACGUUUGCUAACGGUAAAUAUGAAGACCUUUCUUACCCGGAAAAUCCGAAAAUGUGCUACGCCAUUCUAGUAACUCUAUUGAAAAUGCAACUCCUUUAUAGUCAAACCAUUCGUGAAAAUGCGACCUCAUCCAGCGGCACAUCCCCAUAAGUCUCUUAUAAGGAAGUACCUUCCCACCUCCCCGGGCUGUAAUUAAUAACGACAAGGACAACAACAGAAUCAUACAUUGGACUAACAACUAACUUCCAAGAACGGUACAGAAAUCAUUUGACAUCCUUGGAAGAAACGAGACGGAAUUGUUCAAACAUGUGUGGACUCUCAAAGAUGCCAACAGAUCCUUUCACUUGCAGUGGAAAGCUCUCAGGAAUAGCUCAGGAAUUGUAAACCAUAUUACAAGGCUAGCAAAAAAUGUAAUAUGUACCUCCAAGAAAAUGUUUUUCGAUGAUUUGUAAAAAAAAUUACAUAUUCUGAACAAAAGAAACGAAUAAGCAAGUUCAAACCCCCACAGAAUUAGAUUCACUUUUAGACGUUUUGAAAUAACGUAACGUAACGCAACGAAAUUGCACUGAUCCCGUAAAACCUACUGAGGAACUUCUAUACCUCCGUGUCGACUUUGUGUCUAUUUACAAACGUUUUAAUCACUCUCCGUCUGCCUCGCAAUCGCAUAUUCAGAGACUUUUAUAAUCGGAGGCUUUCUCAUCAUCCCGCACUCGCUGUUCUACCCUCGUUUCCCACACCACGCAUUGAACUCCAGCCUCCUCACUUAGCCUUGGCAAAGAAACACGUUUCACGCGCAAAAAUUCUCAGAAGCAGUCCUAAAAUUGCUUUCUUCGCAGUAGGUGCAUCUUGUUUCAGGAAAUAUGAAGGAGUUGCUUUAACGGGACGUCAGUGCAAACUGUAGAAAUAAAAAAAAGGCCCUUCAGCAUGUCUUCAGGGCCGAAUCUGUUUACAGAGGGUCUGGAUGGGGUUAACUGACAACUGACGAAUUAACUGACCAAAAAAAUUCGUUCAAUAAUUACAUUAAUUGAUUUUGGUUAAUUAAUUACGCGUCGAUCAUAAGUGACGUCAUGAAGAGUUUAACUGAAAGCUCUCCGCAUGAAACAGUCCGUCAUAAGCUCAAUUCGAAAGGCAAGCACAAUACCCAGUCCUCCCUUCCUAGGGAGUCUAUUGAUUCAGUUACGACGUCAUUCGCUUCUCAGUGUACUUGUUGUCGAAUCGGACUCAAUAAACUUGUUACCCAAACUUCUUGUUAAGUGAUCUUUGGGAACACGUGAUUGCCUAAAAUUUAACCGAUAACUGACAUUUACCUUGGGUUUUACUGUCAGGUGACAAAGGACCUGAUUGUCCUUUAUUACUCUUGCAUGCGUAAGCAGUGAGACUCAUAAUCUGCCACGCGUUUCUCGCCCGGGGUGGGGGGCGUACUCCCUUAUAUGGGCUGUAUAGGUAUGUUGGGCGCCAAAGGUAUGGUUUUUUAACCGUUUUUGUCUGAAAUAGGGUAUGUGAAUUGGGUAUGUCUUUUAGAGGAAGCUACUUCUUCAUCAUUUGGCGACAAGACCAUUUCCCUUUAAAUGUUUACGCCAACCUUGUACAUGCCGUAAUAGCUUGUCACGCGCUCCGGUCACGCUCCGGGCUCCAGGGCUUCAGGUCUGAAAUAGGGUACCAAGUUUUUGAUGAGGUCUGAAAUAGGGUAAGGGUUUCAGGAAGGGUGCCGCACACCCUAACCCAACUUUUUUGAAAGUACUCCCCAGGGUUUUUCGUCGUAAUCUAUACACAAAUGGGGGGUCAUUGUGUCAGGCGUUCCUUGCUGAGAUCGUGGAAACUGGGACUAAGAAUCGUUGCCUGAUCGAAGCCACGCAUGUUUUGCGAAGAAAGCUUAGGAAAAAUUAAAUUUAGAGCUUUUCCGAAACGUGUUGGUCAACGAAUUACUUUGGAACAAGUGAACACUACUGAGUGGUUGAAAAAAAAUAAGAAUCUGAACUAGCAAACCUGCGAUGGUCGGGUGUUGUAAACUUUCAUUGCAUACAAAUGGUCUUGCGAUGAGCAUGCGAUUUAUUUUCGGCGAUGAUUGAAUUGACGUACCAUGUAAACCACUUUUUUGAUCUCUGGCAAUGGUGUAAUUUAUAUGGAAACGAGGCCCUUGAAUUUUCCUGUAUUUAUACACGCGUAUGGCCUGCGAGCGCAGACGUAUUUCUGGUCGACGCUAACACGCGUACUAAAACAGUUCAGAAACAAAUAAAAAGUAUCGACUUCGAUAAAGUGGGAUGUAAAAAAGCUUUAGCGGGUAAAUCCUGUUUCGUGUAGAAUUAAUCCCCUCCUCAUUUCUCGAUCUAAUCUCCAAGAAAGCGUGACUGACUGCACCUGUAAGCGCCUUCUUGUUUCCUACAAAACCUGUUUCUAAGGCCUUUUAAAACAUCGUUCCACUCUUUAAGUCAGAAAAUGUGAUCAAAUGUGCGUUUAUAUGGGUAACCUUAGCAGCAGCACGGAUGCACGAUGGCUGCUAAUGAGGGCGUUAUAAAAGCAGUUGUAAGUUUUUACCAAGAUGAUUCAGAUGCGGUGUUUCUUGGUCUUUCUUACGAUCUACGUCCAUAUAUUCUGAAGGUACAAAUUUUGGUUGGCUUAUUGGUUGGAAAUGUUGACCUCUGGCCAGUAAAAAAGUUUGUGUGGAGGAGAGUAACACAAGACUUGAGAAAUGGAAGGCUACUUGAAAUCCUCUCAAUCGCAAGACUGAUAAAAAUUAACGUACUAUUACAUCAGUUUUUGAAUUUAAUGCUUAAUUUACAUUAUAUGUGAUCUUUUAGCUAAAAUUCGGAUCAAAAAUAUACAAAUAAGUUGCAUAGUUAAUUAUUAAUAAUCAUUUAACUGACAACUGACAAAAAGCUUAAAAUUUUAACCAGUGGCGGAUCCAGGGGAGUGGCCCGGGGGACUGGAUCCGGUAGUGUUAACUGACAACUGACAUUUGUACCCCCAUCCAGAUCCUCGUUACAGUUAGUUGUCUCUUUGAGAAGUGCGAUAAUUUUAAAGCACAGUUACUCUUCCACCGCAUUUAACCUCAAAAGCCACUGUAAUAUGACCCUGCUGGGACACUGUUAAUGCAGGGCUUUGUGUUCCAAAAAAAUUAUGGUUUAAAGUUUCGUUCAAAGUCUUCAUUGACAGUGUAUAUUGCUACUAUCAGGAGGUGUGUCUGUCUUUCUUCACCAGCGACUACAACGUGUUCACCAACUGGGUGGCACGCAAUGCGGUAAUAGCGAUCUCCUUGGAUGUUGACACUGAAGUUGGCAAGAUGUAGUCCAUCUUCAUUGAACAAGUGACAGGAUUGGUCUGAGUCCAACACCAUAACUCGCCCAUCUUUAGACACAGUGAUUUCCUGUACAGACUCGAUUAUCCCUUCACUAAACGAACCAACAUAGCUACCGUUCCUUGUAUGGUAUAGAUCAACCACUUUAUGUUCCUUCAAUAUGAACACCUUGCUACCGCUGACGGUCAGUCUGUUGAAAUCGCUUCCUUUCCCAACAGGAAACCAAAGCUGAAAGUCAAGAGUCUCGUUUAAGACUUGCACUUCAAACUUCUCUGGCGACGAGAUUCUCGGUGACAUCAACUGUGUCACUAGUAGAUAGAUCGUAUCGUCCAUGUCUGAAAUGGCGACAUCAUAGAUGUACGAGGUAGUUUCAGAUUGGGGUCUUAAACUCAUAUGAAAAUUCCCAUUGCUAUCGAACACUUUCAAGGUAAGAUACCACGACGGCCACGGCCACGAAAACGUCGCUUACAUAGUCAGUUUGCGUUCUUUCAAUCUCUAUCGUGAUUACUACUAAUAAUAAUAUUUAAUAAUUGUAUGGCGCAUUUUCUAAAAAAAAAUAAUCAAACGCGCAUAACUCGAACUCGUUUACUUUGUGAAAUGCAAGCAAACUCUUUUUGAGCCGAAUUCCUAAGAAUCAUAUUCAAGUUCAGAAAGAGACAGAAAAUUUAGCCGUCGCUUGUUUACGUCCUCCAUAAAACGUAACAUUAGGCAUUUUCCCGUCGUAGUCGCGCAGUGACGGUAAUGAAAUGUACAAAAAAGCGAGAUGCACGUGCAGAGUUGUUGUUUUGCUUAUUCAAUCAAUUGCUUUUUUGACGUUCUCGUUGUCGUCGUCGUCGUGGCAUCUUAAAGUCCCUUGUUUCAUGCAGUGCGCUAUUUAAGGCCCAGUCCUCAACCUCACCGAAUGUAAACAGAGAAUCCGGUUUCUGUAAUCCGAGAAAUUUUUGUUUGUGGAAUCCGGAAUCCUGGGCUUCUGAAUCCAGAAUACAGCUCAAGAAUCCGGAAUCGCACUAAAUCGCACUUGGAAUCUAGAAUCCAAGUUCCACUGACCUGACAAAGACUGGAAUCCGGAGUCCGCGGCGUGGAAUCCAGAAUCCAGGACUGUCUUGGAUUCCUUUACAUGGAGCGAUCAACCUUAUUAAAAAGAAAAGACGGACCAUUGCCAUCAAGGAACAUAAGAUUGGAAAGCCAAACGAGAAGGGCAAUAUAUGUGAGCUUAACUGAGCUGAAUGCAAUGGCCAAGCGAAGACGACAAUGAGAAAGUGUAUAUUCACAUGUGUUAAUAAAACUCUACUUUUUACACCCUAGAAACUGCCCGCUCAUAGCGGUUGAUUAUUUUCCUGUGAGUGGUGGCAACUAAUUGGUUCUUAUGUAUAUCUGUUGCUUAUGAGCCAAUCACAGGACUCCAUUUUCUGAUAUAUUAACAUUUUAUUACGUUGUUUUUGCAUUACAUUUCCUCGUUUUUUCUCUGUGUUAACUACAGGUUACACUUUAAAUAAUUCCCUAUCCUUAAACGAACGUAACGCAUUUUUUUCCCUUUAAUUCUCAUCUCGUAAACUAACUGACCCUAGCCAUUUUUCGAACAUGUGAAUAUUGCUCAGACUUCUUGGUUGCGAUGAGACAAUUAGUAGCACAUUAAUAAUCUACGUAUACUGACCCUGUGAGCGCGUCAGUUAAACCUCUGACAAUUGAACAAACCAUUUUUAAUCAAUUUGAAUCUUUGUUUAACAGAUGACUGAUCAUGACAGUUUAGCUUGUUUUCUACAAGACAAUUGUACUAUUGGUUUUGCCAAUAUCACGGCAGCAACAAGAUUGCCAAUAACUCUGUCGUUUAAUCACUGCCAAAUGAAAAUACAGCCCACAUAUAUCUAAUUGGUUUUUGACAUGAUGAAGCUAUCAUAUAUGGAGGACAGAUAUAUUAAAAAAAGGUUCGCUUGAACAUAGUUGCUUCGGAGAAAAGUCAUGGUAAUGACAAACUAGCAAACAAUUAGAGAAUUGUAUUGUCCUGCAAAAUUCACUGGAGAGUCGAGGAGAGGUACAUGGCGAGCUAAUUUUUCUGUGAGACAAAAGAGGAUAGCUAAAUAUGAUGGUGAAUGAUGGUGCAAGUUCCAUGUUAAUAUUUUGGGUUUACUAUACUCCAUCGAAACGAACGUCACCAUGGCGUUUUUAAUUUUAGAUAUUUUGCCUUUCAUAUAACAGAUCCGAAUUGGACGAGCCGGGAGAUAAUGUGAACGGCGAAAUAAAUUUAAAAAGCAAUUUAAAUGAAGAUAUGAUCCCGACGUAGUGAAAUAGCAAUUUAAGCAAUUGCAAAUAAACCGCCCAAAAUGUAAAAGUUAUAGCCCACUCAGUUUGACAUGUUUGGGGAUAUACUCGGUUAAGACUUUCUCGCCAAAGAAAAUGUAGCCAAAUUACUGCUGGUAUCUAUGUGAACGUCAGUCAAGGUUGAUUAUAGAAAAACGGCACAAGCAAUUUGAAGCUACAAAAUAUAGAAACAUUUAAAAGCCCCCAACUUUAAUAUAAGUUCCACCAGUGACAGGCCCAUUAAUCUGAAACAAAAAAAAAACGUGCUAUCAUUGUAAGCCCCACCCCCACAAUAUAAGCUCCUCUCUAACUUGUACUGAAAUGAAUUCGAUUUAUUAUGAUGUUUGUAAGCUGAAUUAAACUCCAGUAAAUGAAAAACGCAUUUUACUGGAGAGGUACAUGGCGAGCUCGUUUUUCUCUCUGUCGUUAACACUAUUUUGUCAAUUACAGCAUUUUGGGGGAAUACUCUGAUCCUAGUUGCCCUUCGCAAGGACACAUCAAUUCAUCCGUCAUCCAAACUCCUGUAUCGUAACCUAGCGAUAACUGAUCUUUGUGUUGGUAUCAUUGUCGAGCCUCUGUAUGUGGCUCAUUGGACAUCUGUGGUGAACAAAAUAUGGGAUAUUUGCUAUUACACAUAUUUGACAGCAUAUUUCCCAAGUGUUACUUUGUGUUCAGUGUCGUUGGUAACAUUGACUGCAAUAAGCGUAGACAGACUUCUCGCUUUGCUACUGGGUCUCAGAUAUAGACAAGUUGUAACUUUGAGAAGAACACAUUCAAUUGUUAUUGGUGGUUGGAUUGUGUCCAUUGUCGGUGCAUCUACUUCCUUUCUUAAUAUUCUUAUAGUUUCAUUAAUAAACUCUUCCAAUUAG